AUGUCGCAGUUCGGCACGCCUCUACGUCGCGUCCAACCCCAAACUCAUCCAAGUCUGCUGCUACAGCCUGCGCGGUACCCUCAAGUUCCUCCAGAGAUUCGUGACCACAAUCGUUACUAUGCGCUCGGAUGGCCCGUGGAUGAAGACUGGCUGAGAAAAUUCGCUUCGCGCACUAGUGCCGGCGCGGUCAACUGCCAGGAGGGACUGAUCGCACACAGCGUUCUACAACUGAGGAGAUUGGCGAGGUUUCGGCACAUAUACUACCUGCCUGUGUUGCCCGACGGUGCUCCCACUCCUGACGACGCUCUUGAUCCUGGGAUUCCUCGCCAGUGGAUUAUCGCUAUCGCAUACACAGCCACAAAAUCAAUGUUCUGUGAACGGCCGACAAAGGCGAAGUACGAAUGGCUGAAGAGCGUCUUUGGACGUGAACCGUGCUGGUACAGAGAUUUCAAUCCCAAAGAAGUGUUCUGGCAGCAAACUCUUUCCCGCGCGGAUCGUCCAGUGAACGAUGCCGCAUCCUUCCUGUAG